AACCACGAUCAAACGAUACAGUACACCAUUGUCCCAUUGCCCUGCACAAAACAGCUCAGCAAGCGUUGCCCGUGAUCGUCCCGUUCGUUUUCACUGCAAACAGAAUCGUGAAACCUCGCGCAUCGCCGUUGUUAAUUAGUGUCCUCCCGUUUCUGCGGCCCGUGUGAUUAAAAAUGGCCGUCAACGUACACUUUACCGGUCAGACGACGGAGAACUUGUCGCGCAUCGAGCUGCUGGCCUGGGUCAACCGGACGCUGCUGUCCGAGUUUAAGAAGGUGGAGGAGCUGUGCACCGGCGCCGCCUACUGCCAGCUGAUGGACGUCCUGUUUCCGGGCUGUCUGGCGCUGAGGCGCGUCAAGUUCUGCACGAACGUGGAGCACGACUUCCUGAACAAUCUGCGCAUGUUCCAGAACGCGCUGAACCAGAUGAAGGUGAACAAAGCCGUACCGAUCGAUCGGUUGGCCAAGGGCCGGUUUCAGGAUAACUUUGAGUUUCUGCAGUGGUUCAAGAAGUUUUACGAUGCCAACUACGAUGGGAAGGAGUACGAUCCGCAGAUGGCGAGAAACAAUGCACCGAUGGGGUACGGUACGCCGAGUACGCUCAGGCCGACCCAACGGCUCAACACUGGACCGGCUCGGCCGGUUUCGUCUGGUCGGCCGGUAAAGCGGGCGGGUGACACGAACGGAUCGGCGGGACGAAAGCAGGCAGAGGAGAAAAUGGGUGCUGCUGGAGGUGGAGUUGGUGAUGCUGCUGGAGCACAAGCUGCCGGCGGAGAGAAAACGAACGAUCGGAUCAGUGCGCUCAGUGCGGAGAUUAACGAACUAGCGAUGCAAAUGCAGAACGUGGAGAUGUCGCGCGAGUAUUACUUCAACAAGCUGGUACUGAUCGAGAAUUACAUCAACGAGCAACCAGAGGACAGUCAGGAUGGUUUGUGUGCGAAGGUGAAGGAGAUUAUGUAUGCCUCCACAUAGCUUGUUCGUUUUGUUAUCGUUUUCCAUUUUAGUUUAUUUUAGUGUGUUAAUUUAUUGGAAUCAAAUUGUCUUUAAAUUGUUUAUUAAUUAGUUAAUGUGUUGUGUUGCUUUUGCUUUAGCCAGCUACACAUAUGCGAUACGCAGUUUAAUAAAAUCCGGUAGAGGUUGGAAGAGAUGUUUUAAGUACGUUGUCUCUCAGUUGACUUUUAUAGUGUGAUAUAUAUUUUAUGGUGAUUUUUAAAGUACGCUAAAGGAUGCAUUAGAAGAGGUCUUAAAUGUGGUUCUCAAUACUUAAAACUAAAUCAUAGAAUAGGACGCUUUCGGGAUGCAUUUUCGGUACACAAAACUUCGCAACAAAAACUCUCUCACUCGCAUUGUUUGUUGAUAGAGCAUUUUUUGUUUAUUUAAAAAGAACGAGGGGGGGAUUAAUUCAUAGUGACUUAAAUUAAGAACUAAAAUGACUGUUCCUUAGCGCGCGGCACCUAGCACACCUAGCGUGUGGAAGGUUCUGCCUCCUCAACCACUCUGGUGAGGAUAUCAUCGUCAUCAUCAUCAUCAUCAAUUACUUAGCAGUGUAAGCAGACCUAGUAGUAGUAGUGAGCAGUGAGGCAGACGAAAUGAAAAGGGAGAGCACUAAAUCUUAUGCACAACAAACAAGAAGACACUAAUCCAAAAACAAAAAGCACAAUCACACAUUCCUAACACACGCACUGUUGUAUCCAGAUUGUCGCACAUUGUGUGGUUCGUGGCGGUUUUGGUUCUCUUUUAAUGUGUUUAAGUGUGUGGGUAGUUUCUUUUUUCUUUAGAAAUUAUGUGUUGAAAAAUAAAAAUUUCAUCUGCUGCCGUUUUGCAGACAGGUGGCCGAGAUGCACUUACACACCCCGUACACCUGUUGCAAGUCGAUUAGCAAGCGAACUUGGAUUUUUCAAACACGGAAAUGCACUUGCACCUGUGUGCGCGGGUUGUUGCCUACCCCCGAAACAGGGCGUCUAUUAAGAGGGAUUUCGUUAAUUAAACUGAAUUAAAACAACGCACACACACCAAAUACUUCAUUCGUUCGUUCGUUCGUUCGUCCGUUCGAGUCUUCCUGCCCCCGGUCUCUUCCUUCCUUUGCACACUGGAAAGCGCGCGGGAAAGCCAUAGUCUCGCGGUCGUGUGCACCGGGGCAGAGUGUGUACAAAUGUACUACUACUACUUCUACUACUCCUACUACUGUAUGCGCUUUAUGGUGCGCCUUCUAACCGAAUCACUUAAUUGAAAGCCUAAUUCAAACGAAGAGGAGCGGGAAAAGCUCGACCAAAUCGAGCCCCAAUCGAGCGGCGUUACACGUUAAACUUCUAUGCACUAAACUUGUAAACUGAAACGUUUCUCAAAACACCACACAGCCUUUAGCGACGACGAUGGCAAAUAAAAUUAAAUAGCAAACUAAACUGAGGAGUUGAAAACGAAUGUUUGAAAGAA